UCUCAAUCCCUUGAUUUUAACACACACACACACCAAAAUUACCCAUUGAAAAUCAAAAUUUGUUUUAGGAUAACUUUUCUUGGAAUUAAAAUUUACCCUGGUUUAUCUAUGCAUUUUUUUAAUUAUAAUUCUUGUUGUUUUAAAAACCCUUUAUAACUAUCCCAAAAACCCUUUAAAUUUUCUUCGCAUCUUUCUUUUGGGUCUUGUUUUUUGUUUUGAUGGAGUCUACUGUACCCUUUUUGUCUCCUGUUUCACAGUCUCCGGAGAAUCAUUUUUCCUUUUAUCAUAACUUUGAACUUUUUUAUAUGGAAAAUAUAGCACAAAACAACUCUUUUGAUCAAACUCAAACCUUAGAAUCAGCCUUUUCUGGUCUUAAUGUUUCAGGUUAUCCGGAUUUACCCGAUUCUGGUUAUCAAUUUGGCGGUGGGUUUGCAAGAGCAGGACAAGAUAGAAACAACAAUGUUAUUGGCGAGGGCACAAAAGUGGGGCCAGAUGUUGAAAGUUGGGGGGCUUUCAUGUAUAGUUCGUAUCAGCUUGGUUCUAGUAGGAAUAUUGAAUUCUCGAUAUUACCCUCUUCUAAUCAAACCAGGCUCUUGUCCGCUGCUGCUUCUGCUGCCGGUUGCACAAUGCCUUUUGGGUUAAACAAUAACAUAAACCGAUCUAGUUUUAAUACUAGUAAGCUUUGUAAUAAUAAUCAGACUCGGCAUCAUUGGUUGCAUGAACCUUUGAAUUGUUUGAGUUUAGGGGAUUUGAGGGGUAGGCUUGUUGCCUUAGCAAAAGAUCAAUAUGGUUGUAAGUUUUUACAAAAGUCAGUUGAGAAAGCUUCAAAGGAGGAAAUUGAUAUGGUUUUUAUGGAGGUUAUUGAUCAUGUUUGUGAGUUGAUGUCGAACUCUUUUGCCAAUCUUGUUGUUCAAAAAGUUGUGGAUGUUUGUAGCGAGGAACAGAAGAAUCAGAUUCUUUUGAUGGUUAUUAAGAAUAGGUUUCGACUUGUUGAGAUUUGUCUCAAUCUUCAUGGGGCUCGUGCUGUACAAAAAUUGUUGGAGAAACUUACUACUCAACAACAGAUCUCGUUGUUUAUGUCAGCUCUAAGCCCUGGAGCUGUUGCAUUGUCGAAGGAUUUGAAUGGUCAUCGUGUGAUCCAGUAUUGCUUGAAAAAUUUCUCUGAUGAAGAUAACAAGUAUUUUCUGAAUGUGGUGGCUAAUAACUGUUAUCAAAUUGCAUUAGACAAAUGUGGAUGUUGUGCACUGAAGCAUUGUCUUGACCACUCGAAUGGAGAGGCAAGAGCCCAUCUCUUUCAAGAGAUCAUAGCAAAUGCUCUAAACUUAGCCAAAGAUCAAUAUGGCAACUAUGUGGUGCAACAUAUACUGGAACUGAAAGAGACACAAACAACAGAAAGACUUCUCAGACAGCUUCAAGGGAAUUAUGCUUCUCUUUCCUGUAAUAGGUACGGAAGCAAUGUUGUUGAGAGAUGCUUGUUGGAAUCACAAGAACCACUGACCACGAGAAUCAUAGUGGAGUUGCUUAGAAGUCCAAUCGUGUCUACACUCCUUCUCGAUCCUUUUGGGAACUAUGUUAUUCAAUCAGCUUUGUCAGUCUCUAAGGGCUUUGUGUUCGAUGCUUUGCUGAAUUUGGUGCAGGAUCACUACCCAAUAAUGCGCAGCCAUAGUUAUGGAAAAUGGGUACUUGCCUGGUUCAGCAGGAGAAAGCAGUUACACAUGUAAACAAUUAUAACAUUACAAAAAUUAUAAGCAUGAAAAGAUGUGGUCAUAAAGAGAUUUUUCACCCCGAAUUUCUCAUUCGUAAGGGUAGAAUUAGGAUUUUGUGUACCGAGUUUAUAAUUGAUCCGAUCCAAUGUGUAGGAUUAUUGUUGGUGCUUGUAGAUUGUAGUCUUAAUUUGUUGGCUGACACAUGAAUGUUGCAGCCAGAUGUUGUGAUCUUAAAAGGAACAAUCAUUCUUUAGUGGUGUGAUAAUAAUAUUACUUGAAGGCUUAUGUUAAAUCU